CCGAUUCCUCCGUUCUUGGCCGAUCGCCUUCCUUUCUUCCACCGCUAAAAAGCGUCACAUUUCCGCCGGCCACCGUCUGCAUCCGCCGUUCUCUUCUCCGAUCGCAUGCGGCGCUAAUCGUCGCGAACAAAAAUGGUGAGGAAGAAGAGGCAUCGCCGCCUCAUCGUAUUUCUCCUCUUCUUCCUCCUCUGCCUCCGCCCGAUCCAAUGCCGCUCCGCCACAUCCUCCGACGACGUAGAAGCCAUGUCCGACCUUUCCCUCUCCCUCUCCGGCCUCCCCUCCAGCUGGAAGCCCGGCUCAGACCCUUGCUCCUGGGACGGCGUCACCUGCUCCGCCGGCCGCGUCACCGCCAUCAAUCUCGUCUCCCGAGGAGUCUCCGGCUCUCUUCCUCCCUCCCUCUCCUCUCUUUCCGCCCUCACCUCUCUCAACCUCCAGCACAACCGCCUCUCUGGCCCCCUCCCCCUCCUCCCCAACCUUUCUUCCCUCCAAUCCAUCUCCCUCGAAGACAACGCCUUCGAUUCCAUCCCCGACUCUUUCUUCGCCGGCCUCCUUGGCCUUCAAUCCAUCACCCUCGAUGGCCUUCCCCUCGCUCCGUGGAACCUCACCCGCGACCUUGCCUCCGCCGCUGGCCUCGCUGAGUUCUCCGCCGCCAAUUCCUCCCUCUACGGCCCCCUCCCUGACUUCCUUGGCUCCCUCCCCAGCCUCAGCAUCCUUCGUCUCUCUUACAAUCACCUCUCCGGCACCCUCCCCCCGUCUUUUGCCGGCUCCGGUCUCCAGCAGCUCUUCCUCAACAGCCAGCAGUCUCCCGACAAACUCUCCGGUCGCAUCGACGUCAUCGGCGCCAUGCCCCAGCUCACCGUCUUCUGGAUCCAGACCAACGCCUUCACUGGCCCUAUUCCCGACCUCUCCAAUCUCACCUCCCUCGAGUCGUUCAACGCCCGCGACAACGCCCUUACAGGCGUCGUCCCUGCCUCCCUCACCGCCUCCCUCACCCUCAAAAACGUUUCCCUCUCCAACAAUGUGCUCCAGGGCUCAUUCCCGCAGUUCGCCAGCAAAUCUGUUGCCGUCGAUAUCGACAAGGGCAACCAAUUCUGCAGGCCUGCACCUGGCCCGUGCGAUCCUCGUGUCACCGUGCUGCUCGACAUCGCUGCCGGGUUUGGUUACCCCGCUCUGCUCGCCAAGUCGUGGAAGGGCGAUCAGCCCUGCGGCGCCAAUUGGCUCGGCGUUACUUGUGACGCGCAGGGGAAUGCCAUCGUCCUCAACUUCGCUAACCAGCACUUCGGCGGGGAGAUCUCACCGGUCUUUUCCAAUCUCACCUCGCUGCGCCAGCUGAUCCUCAGCAGCAAUGACCUGUCCGGCUCGAUUCCAGGGAGUUUGACGCAGCUCCCUCAGCUCCAGCUGCUGGACGUCACCAAUAAUAGCCUCUCAGGCAAGGUCCCCGCAUUUGGCACUUCUGUGACGCUCAAGCUUGAUGGCAACCCGAAGCUUGGAGACGACUCUGGUUCAGGAGGUGGAAGUUCUCCAUUCAUUAAGUCAACGCCGUCCUCUUCAGCCUUGAUUGCCGGCUUGAUCUUAGCCAUGGCGGUAGCCAUGGCGGUCGUCAUUGCUUGCUCAGUCGGCUUUUAUUAUCGGAGAAGAAAACUAGAAGAGAAAUCCAAGCAUAUACUGACUGAUACACAAUCAUAUAAGAUAGGACUGAAUGGAUUGAAUUACAAUAGUGAGAGCAUUGCCCCGAUCAGCACCGACAGUUUGAAUCAAUACUCAGUUGAGGCUCAAAGCAUGCACAUCUCAAUUCAAUCCCUGAGAACGGCCACUGGUAACUUCAGCAAAGCCAAUAUCUUGGGAAGUGGCGGUUUUGGUGUUGUAUACAAAGGGGACCACAAUGGAACAGUGAUUGCUGUGAAAAGAAAUGGAUAUGAUCUUAUAGGUAACAAGGGAAAUGAGGAGUUCAAAGCAGAGAUUGAAGUUCUUAGAAAGGUUAAACACAAGAAUUUAGUUGCACUUGUUGGGUUUAGCAACGAGGAUCGAGAAAGACUUUUGGUGUACGAGUACAUGGCUGGGGGUACCUUAACGGAACGUCUAUUUAAGUGGCAGGAUACCGGCGAACCCCCACUGAAUUGGAAUCAGCGGCUCGUGAUUGCUCUGGAUGUUGCUAGAGCAAUAGAGUACUUGCAUAGUUUUGCUCAAGAAAGUUACAUCCACAGAGAUCUAAAGCCUUCUAAUAUACUAUUGGACAAAGAUUUGAGGGCAAAGGUUUCUGAUUUUGGGCUAGUCAAGCUCGCCGCAGACAAUCAAAAAUCAAUGCAGACGCGGUUAGCAGGCACAUUCGGGUAUCUUGCACCUGAAUAUGCUACCACAGGAAGGGUGUCGACUAAAGUCGAUGUUUAUGCAUUCGGCGUGAUACUAAUGGAGCUAAUUACCGGAAGAAAAGUUCUAGACGAGUCGCAAGAUCCUGAGGACAUCCAUUUGGUGGCAUUCUUCCGCAGAAAAUUUUCCCAAGAGAAGGACAAAUUUCUAACUGAAAUGAUGGAUCAGACUCUAGAACUAGAUGAGGAAGCUAAGCAAAGCUGGGCAGAGGUGGCCGACCUAGCAUGGCACUCGACGACUCGAGAGCCCCACCAGAGGCCUGACAUGAGCCAUGCCGUCAACCGACUAGCCCCCCUGGUUGAUCAAUGGAGGCCAACGAACUAUGUCGAUGAAGAUGAUGAUGAGCCAAGCAUGAGUCUCUCAGAAAGGAUGGAGAAAUGGCAAUGUAACGAUACCACUUUCACCACAUAUACAUUUGAUUCCACAUUGAAGUGAAGAACAUUUGGAAAUCUGAACAGAUUAACAGAACAAGAAUGUAUCACCCAAAGUAUUAAUCUGUCAGAACCUUAAUUUUCUUAAUUCAUUCUUUGAUACUCUAUAAUA